AUGAAGAUUUCAUUGUGUUUGCUGAGCCUGGUGCUGUUCAUCUCUUCUCAGUCCGGAGAAGCUGCACAGUGUAUCCCAGAUAAGAACUACCUCUGCACUGCAAGAUGCAAUGGGACAAGCUUUGAUCUCUCCAAAGCUUUUGACUUUCCGUUGAAAAUAACAGAGCCCACACCCAGAGGAGCUCACGGUAAUACCUAUUGGUACAUUUGGAACCCGUGUCAUGUCGAAGAGUGUCCAGGAUAUCCUGCAGGAACAAACGUUGCUGUCUGUCAGAGCGCUGAUGUUUUUUGGAACUGUGGACAAACGAGUGAACCGAUCUGGUUAAUGGAUAACUGGCAGGCAACUCCGGAGAAUUUCCCUAACUGGCAGGUGGAGUACACCUCCGGAACCACUUGGAGAGUCACUAUCAUUAAAUUCAUUGUUGAUCACACUGUGAUGGAGCCGACUGUCAAGUUCAUUAGUGAAGACCCUUAUUUGCAAUAUAAUUUUGAGGUGAGGGGAAAGUGCAUUGGCCAAGAAAGAUUUGAUUGUGAAGAUUACUACAGGUCAAGGAAAUCGAACAAACACUUAAUUUAAGAUCAAAGUGGACCAAACGGCAUAGCACAGCUUUGUUGUAUAUAUUUUAUUGUUGGAAACAUUAUUUUUGUGUGCUUGACUAUAAUUAAGUUGUUGCAUUAAAAAUUAUGGUACAAUGUGAA